AUGGCGGCGGGCGGUGAUGGCGGAUCAUCCCGCCCCACGAACGUCGGGCCGACGUCGGUGAUGCGCCUUACGGCCAUCAGCGGGCGGUCCCCCGACGGUCUGGAUCCACCACGUCGCAUCAAAGUGGUCCUGCUGACCAUCCCCAUAUAG